AUGACCAGGAACGCGACCCCCGCCACCCUAUCACAAGGCUCGCUGCAAAACCAGUACCCAUCACUGGACCCCUCGCUCAUUGCGGCCUUCUUGACGGAAUUUGAUAUCAAACAGCAGAAACAACUCACUCAGCUUCAUGAAACCCUCGCCUCCCUGUGUUCCCCGGUCGAUGACAACCAGUCAUUAUCCUCAGUGUUCGAGAAAUCCUCCCUCACUUCAGCCAGCUCUGCCUCGGACGUCUUCAACGACUCAUCUAGCUCUCCCACGUCAUCAAGCAAUAACUCGUUGGCCUCGUUUUCAACCCCCCUGGGAUUUUUGCAGAACUUAUUCCCGGAUAUCGACUCGAAGACUCUUCAACAUCCUUCUAUCGAUGACUUGAUACGUGAUCUACAGGAGAGGGGUGGAUGGACUGAGAGUGAUCACACGGGUAAACAAUUGCAAACCCUAACCUCCGAGUCGGUCGAGGAGUGGGCUAAGAUUACCAAAGCACAGCGUGACGCCGCGCCAUCAAACUCCACUAUCUCUGGUAAACCUAAACCUAAAGCCAAGAGAAAAGGCAAGCAGCAGCCAUCGUUCGUGCUCGGUGUUGUUCGGCAUGGCCAACUCCCUCCUCAUAGUUCGAAGUCCAUUUACUUCCCGUCGUCCACCGAAGUCGACCCUUGGACUUAUAUUGAUUCAGUUGCCACACGACUCAAUGCAAUUCUUCCCAAUGUACCGACAUCCACCUUCUCCUCAUCUUUCCAUAAUCCUGAAUACUCUACCCCUGCAAAAGCCCUUCGCGCUACCCUUGCAAAAUUGGGAAACACAAAUACUGUCGACGACUUUGCCCUCGGAGCACUCGUUUCCCUGUUGGAUGACGAAUCUGGUGAUUUUUUCGAUGCAAAUCUAUGCCUUCGUGCGACAGCAUCCCAACCUGAUGAUGCUUAUCACCUAAUUGAGAUCCUCAAAGAGCUCGACGAAAAGGUGCCUGUAAUCGCUCAUUACACCGCCCCAGCAACCGAGUCCUCAACAAGGAAGAACCCCAAUUUACCUGGUGCCCCACCGGAGACAUCAUUUCCCCUCUCCAGGCGUCAUAACACAGCUUCUGAAGUACUUGAAUCCCCAUUUUCUCCUGCUAAGCCGGUAUGGGGCACGGUGCCAGUCCAUCCCAAGGCCAAAGCGGUCGGAGCGCCUUGCUCUCAAGCAGUACCCAUUUCGGGACCCAGUGAUUGGACCACUGCUGUUGGCGUGAAUCGUGUCGAGCAAAGUGGAAUCGAUGAGAACGACCCGGAUGCAUGCAUGGAAGUGGCUGUUUAUUGGAAGGAGAAGAGGCAUAUGGCCCUCAAACAAGCUUCUGAAACCUAUUCCAGGCAAAAGCAUGACUAUGGAGGAGAGGCUGCGCUCUUCUACUCUAACCAAGCCAGGGAUUAUGCUACGAAAGAACGCGAAUGGAGGUUGAAGGCAGCCAAAGCGGGUGUCAAAGCCAAGCAAGACAAGACCUCAAGCAAAGCGAUCGACCUGCACGGCCUAACGGUGCAUGAGUCUUUGGAGGUUGUUAAGGAGGGAGUAAACAUCUGGUGGUCAUCGGCCGGCUCGGCUUCUAUCCCUAAGGAACCUCUUCAAAUUAUUACAGGUCGAGGCGUGCACUCUAGGGGCAAUGUACCGGUCAUCGCGCCUGCUGUCAUGAAGCUUCUAGAGCGUGAUGGAUGGAGAGCUCACAAGCGCGAGGGCAUUGUCUACGUCACCGGCGUUCUCUUCAAGCGAUAG